UUCACAACACUCUGUACAACAAUCAAGAACUGCUGAAGAUGCAUCACUGGUUGUUUGUGCUGUUAGCGACAUACACACUGAGCUCUGUGCACGCCUACCGCGAUGGAUCGAUAGCACCUGCGUGUGACAGUAUGACACCGGCUCACACAAACUACGUGCCUCAGAACACCACAGCACCGUACCGAGUCACAGUGGACCGCAGGACAUGCAGACCAGGAGACAUGAUCACAGUGACUCUGGAGACUGUGGACAGCACCAAAUUUAUUGGCUUCAUGCUGCAAGCGCGACCUGCAUCAGGCAAAAGCGCUGUGGGUUCUUUCAUGACGGAAACCACCAGUCUGGUCCGACUGCACAACUGUUUCAACAACAAAAAUUCAGCCAUCAGCCACUCUGGAGAAAACGAACUAACCCAGAUUAAGUUCAUGUGGACUGCACCGCCUACACCUGCUCCAGACAAUAUUGUGUUAUGUGCAACAUUCGUAAAGAGCUUUCCUGAGUUCUGGACGAUGGUGAGCAGCCCCACUAUCCUGCUGUCUGACAGUCCUGCUCCAACUGUGAACUGUCUGAUGAUGGCUUUCUGCAUUCUGAUUGCACUCGGACACUUCAGAUCUACACCUUUACCUCUACUUUGAUCUGCAGUAAUGGACGCAAGCGCAUUAUUAUGAACACUUCUAAUUUACUCCCCUUUUGUUAAUGUCAAAAUGAUUUAAAAGUAAAGAUUUAAAUGUCAUUAUGAAAUGUUUAUGCUUUG